UCGACAACAUGUUGACGCAAAUGCGAGCAGUGACCGACAAGAAGACGCAAAGAUAAGCGGCCAAAUGUUUGCGCUUUUCGGUGAAAGCAGGCCUUUUAAAAUCAGGAGCCUCCACGCAAACAAAAAGUACGGAGUUGCAGCGGGCGACCUGAAGGAGUUGCUUAAAAAGGGUUGCAGCUUAUUCGAGUUGCCACUUUCUGGUGCACAUGUUUGUUUGUACGCAGACGGCACGAGGGUGACAAAAGAAUUCUUCGCAACUUUGUCUGCCAACACAGAACUUGUUCUCCUCGGUAAAGAUCAGUCAUGGGGCGGAGCUGCGUGCGACAUUGCCCAGUUGCUGAGCUCGGACCGGCACGCCGCAGGCCUCGUCCGGGCGGCCGAGGGCCUCCUCUCGGAUGAGAAGUCUCUCAAGAGGCGCAAAAUACUGAGCGACCUUCUCCGGAACCUGGAAGACCGGUCUGAGCUGGAGAGCAGAGAUGAGGACGAAGACUGGUUCAGGGGUGUGGAAGCUCGCUUCAAGACCAAGUCGGCCUACUUGAAGUACAACUGCGAAAAAAGGAUAAGAAGCUACAUGAAAGAGUUGGAUGAAGCCACGAAAUCCGCGAGGAAGGCUAAAGUCCGAGUAGAGUGUUUGCAAGCGUCAGAGAGCAUCUUGGAGAUGCUGAAGUCAGACAAAUUCAACGGCCGCUACUUUGACCGCACUCAAAAGGAGCCGCAUCGACUCUGUACGCGAGAAGGCUGGUUCACCUGCCAGGGCUCCUUCGACCAGACAAAGUGUGCAUCGCUCCACUCCAUCAAUCCGUACGGCAGCAGAGAGAGCCGCAUCGUGUUCGGCACUUGGAAUUUGGACCACAGGAUUGAAAAAAAGCGGACGAUAAUUCCUGCCCUCAUGGAAGCGCUGCAGAAUCACACAAGCGAAGACAUCAAUUUGACCUACUUCUACCGACUGCUGUUUACACGGGACAAUCUGAAGCUGGUCCACAUCGUGUGCCACAAGAAGGGAGCCCACAAGCUGCAGUGUGACCCAAACAAAAUCUUUAAAAGAGUAAACACAAAGCGCCAAGGGAAGAAGAUGCGCUUGAAAUGAAUUUGUAACAUAUUUGUUCAACCUGAUUUUAUCACCUACUCCGCUUUUCUUUUUUUUUUUUUUUUUUUCCCCCACCAAGGAAUGACAAGAUGUCACUUGUAGCCACCUAAAAUGAAGCAAGAAAACAUGAAACAUCCAUUUGUUGUUAAUCUUGGCACGGCAAUGUUUAUUGCAUUAAAUGCUUAUGCUGAGUUUGAGACAAUCACUCAGUCUGAAAGUUGCAUUGUACAAUAAGAAAAGCAUUCAGCAUGAAUAAGGCAUGGAGUUAAACAAUUUAUAUAUAUAUAUAUAUAUAUAUAUAUAUAUAUAAUAAAUAAAACAGCUAGAUGGUCUGAUCAACAUGCUUUAGAUGCGAUCAUUUUAUAGUGCAAAAGCUAUGACACUCACAGAUGACGAGAUCAGAAGUGUACUUUUUAUGAAAAUGUGACAGAGUACGCAACGGUGUAUACUGAGCUGCAUUGAGAAAUGGUUUUAUCUAUACAUGUACACACAGUUGUGCAGCGUUAAAACUGCCUCAGCAUAUAAUCCCAUGAAAGGAAUAUGAACAUGACAAUCCAAAACAAUUUCAAAUAUUAAAUGCUCAUUUUCAAUCGACUUGUUAUGGACCUUUCUAUGUU